UUUAAGUGUGGAUAAGUUACGUUACUUUCUGACGUGAGAGGUUAGCUUAGAUCGGCCAGAUUUCACCAGACUCGGGCAUAAAUCAUCACGUAUAUUCCAAUAAAGUUACCCAAAGCGGGAAGAGCAUAGUUUCUCGUUACAGAAAAACUGCGCUAUGACAGAUGGACGAUGCUUCGAGUGCUUUGCGGAAUUAUUCAACUAUAAUUGUUUUCAGUAAUUGCGUAGCGAUCUCAAAUGUGAAAAGAAUUUUUGAUUUUAGUUGUAUCUUGAUCCAUGCACUAUGGUCCUCACUCUGUGUUUUAAAUUAAUGCAACAAGUAAAUCUAGGUGUAUUAGAAAAACACUUGAGACAAUAUCCGUGGAGGCUGUGGGGCCAGUCUUUCUUUUCUUGGUAUCUCAUACCAAGCUGGAUGGUUCGUUCAAGCGAAACGAUCUGUUACCAGCUCAGGAUUCUGAGUCAUUCGAUGAUGAGGAUACGACUGAGUACAAAUUUGAUGAUGACUUAGAAUAUUUGCGAUCGCUGGAUCCUAAGGAAUGGAAAGAACAGGAUCAUUACGCUGUCCUAGGAAUGGCAGAUCUGAGACACCGAGCUACGGAAGAUGACAUUAAGCGAGCCUAUAAACAGAAAAUUUUGAAACAUCAUCCAGACAAACGUAAAGCAAUAGGUGAGGAGAUUCGUAGAGACGAUGAUUAUUUCACUUGCAUAACUCGCGCCUGGGAAAUGUUGGGGAAUCCUGUAAAGAGACGAAGUUAUGAUAGCAUUGAUCCCGGGUUCAAUGACGAUAUCCCAGAGGAGAAAGACGCUAAAAAUAAUUUUUAUGAGAUUUCCUUUUUACAGGUUAUGGGAAAAGCGUUUCAGGAUAAUUCAAGGUGGUCCGAAAAGAAACCAGUGCCACAACUCGGGGGUCCAGACACGCCUAGAGAAAAAGUUGAACGUUUCUAUUCAUUUUGGUAUGAAUUUGAGUCCUGGCGUGAAUACUCGUACCUUGAUGAAGAGGACAAGGAAAGUGGUCAAGACCGGGACAUGCGAAAGUGGAUAGAAAAAAAAAACAAGGCAACACGGGCGAAACGGAAGAAAGAAGAAAUGACCCGAAUUCGUUCAUUGGUAGAUACUGCCUAUAGUUUAGACCCCCGAAUAAAGAAGUUUCAACGUGAUGACAAGGAGAGGAAGACGGCUGCGAAGCGAGCUAAACAAGAAGCGGCUAGAGCGAGGCAACUGGAAGAAGAACGACAGUUGAGAGAAGUAGCCGAACGAGAACGUGUCGAAAGUGAGAGGAAGCAGUCCGAGGAAAAAGCACGUAACGAUGCUUUGAAGCAAGAACGCGAGGCACAGAAGAAAGCCGUUCGUCGUGAACGAAAGGCAAUCCGCGACCUUUGCAAGGCAAAUGAUUAUUAUACUAAUGACCCAGGUGAAAGUCUCAAGCAUAUGGAAAGCGUUGAAAAGAUUUGCGAGUUGUUUAAGCUUGCGAGGCUGGAGGAUGUCACGAGAAAGUUACAAAGUGAAGGUCGGAAGGGAUUCCUUGAAGUUGUUGAGGAGACAGAGCGCAAAAUUGAGGAAGAACGCCGGGCUGGGGUAGAAAUUAAUGACAGGAAAAGCUGCACUCCUGAGAGAAAUGCCAAAUGUAUCACAGUCCUCUGGACUGAAAACGACCUUCAGCUACUGAUCAAGGCCGUGAAUUUAUUUCCAGCUGGUACUAACCAACGAUGGGAUGUUGUCGCUAACUUCAUCAAUCAACACGGUAAUGCAUCUUCAAAUGUUACUCGAACUGCUAAAGAGGUGUUGGCUAAGGCCAAAGACCUGCAGGCAACUGAUUUCAGUAAAUCUAGCCUCAAAGAUCAAGCCAAUAAAAAGGCUUUCGAUAACUUUAUUGCUGAAAAGAAGGGCAAGGAUGGUAUUGACGAUAGAAUGCCGGCAGUUACCGAGCGCCAUGACAAUCCCUUAACGAAUGGUAAUUCCAACACCAGAAUCCUUGACCACAGCUCUACACAAAAUUGCGGUGGUGGAGAAGAAGAAACCUUUCCCAAAGAAAAGGACGUGAAAAAGGAAACAGCUCUGUCUUGGACGCCGGUGGAACAGAAGCUUUUGGAACAGGCCCUGAAGACUUAUUCGGCAACCGUACCAGACAGAUGGGAUCACAUUGCUGCUUGUAUACCCAGCAGAACGAAAAAGCAGUGCAUGAGAAGAUAUAAGGAACUGGUCGAACUUGUUAAAGCAAAAAAGGCAGCUCAACUGGGUAAAUAAAAGGUGCAACGGUGAGACGAAGUAAAUGCUGACAAUAGAGAUCCAAUGCUUCGCAUUAACAAGUACACAUGUAUGUUUACACCACCGUAUAUAAUGAAUAUAUGCGUACAUAAUAGAAUAUAGUUGUAUUGAUUUAACUUAAACGUCUGAUUUUUGAAAUAUCAAGAAAUUUUAUUUGACAAA